CAGCAACGCGGGAAUUAUUUUCUCUCUAAUCGUGCCCUCCUCUAUUCUUCUUCUUCUUCUUCUUCUUCUUCUUCUUCUUCUUCUUCAAAAUUUUCAUUUCUGUGUCUGCCAUUUUCAAAUGAAAGAAAUGGCGGCUGCUCCAGCUCCAAAUUCUUCCACCAGAACGACGCCGAAUUGGAACAGCUCUUCAAGAAACUCCAUUAAUCAUCACAAUGAUAAUGCUAAUAAUAACAAUAAUAAUACACAAAAUCACCGCUCUGCUGUUCGUUCUAAUAAUAAUAAUAAGGCUACAGCUGCUGCUCCGUCUUCUUCAUUACGCCGUUCCGUUACUCCUACUUCCCGUUCUCAUCUUCACAAUGAUCCCGAUUCAGGAAGGGUGCGAGUUGCGGUGAGAGUGCGGCCAAGAAAUAGUGAGGAUCUCAUUUCAGAUGCUGAUUUUGCUGACUGCAUUGAAUUGCAGCCAGAGAUGAGAAGGUUGAAAUUGAGGAAAAACAACUGGAGUUCUGAAUCUUACAGAUUUGAUGAAGUUUUUACUGAAUCUGCCUCCCAAAAGCGUGUUUAUGAAGCGGUAGCAAAGCCCCUUGUGGAGAGUGUGUUGAAUGGAUAUAAUGCGACAGUUAUGGCCUACGGUCAAACAGGUACUGGAAAAACUUAUACUGUUGGCAGGUUGGGUAAAAAUGACGUGUCUGAGCGUGGGAUUGUGGUUAGAGCUCUAGAGGACAUAAUUACUAAUACCAGCCCUGAUACGGAUGUUGUUGAAGUGUCCUACUUGCAGUUGUAUAUGGAAUCUAUAGAAGAUUUGCUUGCACCGGAAAAGGUUAACAUCCCCAUUAAUGAGGAUCCAAGGACUGGAGAAGUGUCAUUACCUGGUGCUACUAUAGUCAGAGUUAGAGAUCUUGAUACUGUUUUUGAACUACUUCAAACAGCUGAGGCAAAUCGUCACGCGGCUAACACAAAGCAGAACACUGAAUCUUCACGUAGUCAUGCAAUUUUAAUGGUUUAUGUUCGAAGAUCCAUUCAUCAAAAAGUUGAGGAUGAAAUAAUAUAUCGAGACUCAAAAACUGAUUUACCUGAUGGUAAUAGCAUACCUAGAGUUAGAAAAAGCAAGUUGCUUAUUGUGGAUCUUGCUGGAUCUGAGAGAUUGGAUAAAUCUGGCAGUGGAGGUCACUUGCUUGAAGAGGCUAAGUUUAUUAAUCUUUCUCUCACUUCUCUUGGCAAAUGUAUAAAUGCAUUGGCUGAAAACAGUCCACAUAUACCCACAAGAGAUUCUAAGCUUACUAGAUUGCUGCGUGAUUCAUUUGGAGGCUCAGCAAGGACUUCACUUAUAAUAACAAUUGGACCAUUGUCACGACACUAUGCAGAGACAAGCAGUACAAUCAUGUUCGGACAACGGGCAAUGAAAAUUGUAAACAUGGUAAAACUUAAAGAAGAAUUUGAUUACGAAAGUCUAAGUCGGAAGCUUGAGACUCAGGUGGAUCAUCUAAUUGCAGAAUUAGAUAGGGAACAGAAAUUGAGAGAAACUGAAAAGUGCCACUUGGAAAAGAAGCUGAAAAAAUGUCACGACUCUUUUUCUGAAACAAUAAGGAAUCAAGUCACGAGGUCUGAGUUCUUAGAGAAGGAAAAUACUCGGCUAGAGUUGGAGCUGAAAGACAUUUUAGAUGAAUUGGAAAAUCAAAAAGGUCACAAUGAUAUGAUGCAUGAUAAAAUCGAGCGACUAGAAUUGAGGCUGAAAGAAAGCCAGCAAAACAAGCUAGACACUAGAGUACUUGCUGACACGACUCAGAUGUACGAAAGGAAAAUCUCAGAGUUAAACAAGGAGCUUGAAGAUGAACAUGCUCAUUGUCAAAGCACUGAGAAAGAAUUAAAAGCGAUCAUGAAACAGUUGAGUGACAAUCAAAAAUCAAUAAAGCAAUUGGAGAUGGAGAACUCUACAAAUGAGAAAGCACUUAAGGAUGCCACUCAGAUGUAUGAGAAGAAAAUAACGGAGUUAAAUAAGCAGCUAGGAGAUGAGCAUGCUCGCACUGAAAGACUUGACGAACGAUUAGAUAUGACAAAAAAGCUACUAACUGAUAGCCAAAAGUCAAUCAAGCAUCUUGAGGUGGAAAACUCUAAGUACCAGAAAGUCCUUACAGAAACUACACAGCUGUAUGAGAAGAAAAUAGCAGAACUGAUUAAGCAAUUAGAGGAUGAGCAUGUCCGUUUUGAAGGAGUAGAAGAACAACUGAAUCUGACUAAUAAGCUUUUAGGUGAUAGACAAGACUCCAUGCAGGAUCUGGAAGAGAUGGAAGAAAUAAAGGAGAAGUUACAAGAAAUGUAUCAUCUACAUGAUAGUACUUUAAAUGAACUUCAGUCCCUGAAGUCGGAUAACAAUGCUCUGUUACAAGAGAAGGCAACAGCAAAUGAAGAACUUCACGACCUUAAGCGGCGUCUUAUAGUUGAAGAGAAGCAGAGGAAGAGCUUAGAACAUGAGCUCACCAAACUAAAGAAGAGUGUACCUGAAAAUGACAAUGACUUUGAGGACAAGAUAUCAUAUUCGAAGGAAAACAUCAGUAAAUCACACAAGUCAAAUCCAUCAAGGGAGACUCUAUCUGGUCAGAGGCAAACGAUUGCCAAGAUUUGUGAAGAAGUUGGAUUGCAAAAGAUACUACAAUUAUUAUCAUCUGAAGACACUGAUGUCCAAAUCCAUGCAGUAAAAGUAAUUGCCAAUCUUGCUGCUGAAGAUAUUAACCAAGAGAAGAUUGUUGAGGAAGGAGGCUUAGAUGCGUUGCACAUGCUCUUGAAAUCAUCACAAAACGCAACCAUACUUAGGGUGGCUUCUGGGGCCAUUGCUAAUUUGGCUAUGAAUGAAAUGAAUCAAGGGUUAAUUAUGAGCAAAGGUGGGGCAGAACUGCUAGCAAAGACAGCAUCAAAAACAGAUGAUCCACAAACUCUUAGAAUGGUGGCCGGUGCAUUAGCUAAUUUAUGUGGAAAUGAAAGGUUACAUGCGAUGCUGAAAGACGAUGGAGGUAUAAAAGCCCUCUUAGAAAUGGCCAGCUCCAAGAACAAUGAUGUCAUUGCACAAGUUGCAAGAGGAAUGGCUAAUUUUGCGAAAUGUGAAUCCCGAGGCGUUCUUCAAGGACAUAGAAAAGGCCGCUCGCUUCUAAUAGAAGACGGUGCUCUUGAAUGGUUGAUUGCCAACUCUAGCUCUGCUUUAUCUUCAACCAGACGCCACAUUGAACUUGCACUUUGUCAUUUGGCUCAAAACGAAAACAAUGUCAAUGAUUUCAUUUCCGGAGGAGGCUCUAAAGAACUAGUACGAAUAUCAGUUGAAUCCAAUCGAGAAGACAUUCGAAAUCUUGCAAAGAAGACGCUGAAAAUGAGCCCGUCUUUUCAAGCUCAGGUGCAAAUCAGCAGCUGAGGAAAGUAAAUUUUUUGCAGAGGUUAUUUUUCUAAUAUAUGUAGUAGUGAUAAUUUUAUUUAUUAUUUUAAGGUAUUUACAAACAUUUGUUUUCAAUUGGUAUUAUUUUAUCUUAUUUUAUUUUGAGCAUGGAAGCA